AUGCCACUCUAUUCAAAAUUCUUGAAAGAUCUAUUAACCAAGAAGAGCAAGUACAUUCACAGUGACAAUAUUGUUGUGGAAGGAAAUUGCAGCGCAGUGAUUCAACGAAUCCUUCCACUAAAGCACAAAGAUCCUGGGAGUGUCCCUAUUCCAUGCUGCAUUGGUUCUGUGUCUGUUGGAAAGGCUCUCAUUGAUUUGGGAGCCAGCAUUAACUUAAUGCCACUCUCCAUGUGUAGGAGGCUAGGAGAGUUGGAAAUUAUGCCAACGAGGAUGACACUGCAACUAGCAGAUCGUUCCAUUACCAUGCCAUAUGGCGUAAUUGCGGAUGUUUUGGUUAGAGUGAAGCAUUUCACUUUCCCAGCUGAUUUUGUAGUAAUGGACAUUGAAGAGGACACUAAAAUCCCAUUGAUCUUAGGACGUCCCUUCAUGCUAACAACUAGUUGCGUGGUUGAUAUGGGAAAGAAAAAGCUGGAAAUGGGAAUAGUUGAUCAGAAGAUCAGCUUUGAUUUGUUUGAUGAAGACAAGCAUUUGCUCAGCCAAAAUGUCUAUUCAAAGAUGGCCUCCAGGAAGAGAAAGUCCACAGCAUCCUAG